UGAAUAUGACACGGGGAAAGGGACUUUGGGAAAUUGGGAUCAUCAUGCCAGCAAGCACGAAACCAAUGAGUCUCUGCGGUCACUGCUCCUGGGUCCACAAUUGGCUGGCUCGGUGCCCAUGCUGUCCUGGUGGGGGUCUCUGCUUCCAGCCUCGCUCACCAUGAACGUCAUUGGAAAUGUAGCACAGGGGCUGCGUGACUGCUGGGCAGACCAUUUCUCCCGCAGAUUUCUACCCAAGAGGCCUCCCCUCCGCCAAAUCACCUAUUUGCCCAUUUUCUACCAGGUGGACUAUAAAACCCGGCAGACUGAAGUUGGCUUAGAUUACGGCCCUCCCCGGGCUCACUUGAACGAGGCUAAAUUUAUUUUCCGGGAAGGCAAGUGGGAAAAGGAGAACAGUUCUUCUCCCCAGCAAGCAGGGCUGCAGAUGUCCUCUUCGCUUUUGUGGGAAAAGGCCAGUGAAAUUCUGGAAAAGAACCAAGCCCUUUUGAAGGAAAACAAUUACCUGAAGCUGCAGCUUGAGCUGCUGAUGGACAUGCUGAUAGAAACCACAGUUCAGCUGUGUCUGUUGGAGAAGAAAGGGAAGGUGUCAGGCAGGCACCUUAAGAUAAAAAAAGUAGGUAAAUUGCUGAUGCUUGAGUCCUAGAAGAAAUUAUGGAAGCAAGACUCCGAAGUGUGUAUGUUUAACAUGCAUGUAUAGCUGUUUCCUUGCUUCAAGAAGCCUAAUAAAAUCCUGA